GCUCUGGUCAAAGUGAAUGCGGUGUCCCACGGCUACUUGGACGGCAUACGCUCCUUCUUCUCAAAACUGACUAGUGAACUUCUUCUGCUCACACACUUGCUCAUUGAUGGCACUGCUUUGUGCUUCUACGCCAUUCCAAGCGAACACCUGUCUGUUCUCAUCUGCAAUUACGUUUGUGCGGAAGUGGACAAUCUGCCGGAUCAUCGCCUGUUCAACCUACUCUGUAUCCUUUAG